AUGGCUGAUUCGAAGAAGGACAACAAGAAGACCGAGGAGGUCGUCACCCAGGGUACGGACCAGGCCCAGGUUGGCCUAAUCAUCAAGGUUCUGGGCCGCACCGGCUCUCGCGGCAACGUGACCCAGGUGCGCGUGCGCCUGAUGGCCGAGGCCGGCUCCCCGGACUACAACCGCACGAUCGUGCGCAACGUGAAGGGCCCAUGCAAGGAGAACGACAUGCUCUCCCUCAUGGAAACCGAGCGUGAGGCCCGCCGUCUCCGUUAA